UUGCGGUGGGCGGGGCUAAUGUUGUCUUCGGUGGUUCUCCGACAGAACCGGUCUGACUGCCUCUCAUUCAUCAGCAGGACGGUGUACUUCGUGCAGCAUCGUGAUCUUUUCUGCCAUUCUGUCUGUUCCGGCAUCUGACACCGAGGACAUCGCCGCCGGCCAUCAUCCGCGAUUGGUGAUCAUUAGAUACCUGGGUAUCAACAUUUCUAACAGACUGAACGACCGGACACAAUGAAAUCAUAUCCCAUUACACUAACCCCACCUUCAGUCGGCUGAGCGGGAUGUGCUGAGUUCUUGCAAGAGUGGCGCGUAAGUAUAAACAUGGCGGCACACUAACAAACAACUAUCCAGCUCAGGUAAAACAAGCCAAUAAAACCUAGCCAAAUAUCGACUGCAAUUUCAAAUAUUAACCAUUGUGUUCUUUUCCUCUUCAACAACAACCUGGAUGAGGAAACUGUUGACAGUCUGCGGAGCUACACUGACGAGUCUUUUCAGAGAGUUUUAAUGGGAAAACCACAGAAACUGGAUGCCACUCCAACAUCAAAGUGGACAUUGUCUGAAUGCUCCGGCAGUACCACCACCGCACCAGACAGGUACUACAAAGACAUUUUAAACUAUCGACCAGAAGCUUACCAGCCUCAAUGCCAGAUUGGCAUUGGUAGAGGUCCUGCACAAGGCAUACCAAGCCCUGUGGGAAUCACUGGAGUACAGCCAGGAAAAAGGUGGCAAGAAUAAGAUGGCUGAGAACAAGACACUGAGGGAAAGUGUACAAAAACUCACCGAAGGAUAAUGCAGUUCUCUAGAGACAACUGGAAAACGAAAGAGCCCAUACUGGAUAUUCAAGCGAAAAGCAUGAGGGACAACCUUCUUUUCUCCAGCAUUCCUGAGCACACAGAAGAAGCCCCAUAGGCAACUGUGUGAGAUAUCCUCGAGCAACAGCUCAAGAUCCCAAGUGACGUUGUGAAGACCAUCACAUUCCACUAUGUGCAUCGUCUGGGAGUGAAGCAGCCUGACAACUGUCUCCCGAGACCCAUUGUAGUGAGUUCAAACAGAAAGAACCAGUCAAAAGCUGCAGUAGGGAACUGCAUGGUACGAACGUCAGUGUGAACGAUCAAUUUCCAAAGGAGAUCCUUGGUCGCCGACUCGCUCUUUUUCCGUUACUGCAGGAUGAAGAUUGAUACCAACCUGACUCCACAGCUUCCUGAGGCCCCUUCCCAGGCUGGCCUACAGUUUGCUGUAGCCACUGAGGAGGACUUCGAUGAAAUUAUGGCAAUGAGCCAGGAUAUCUAUGGUGGUCUGGACUACCUUCCCACCAGAUACACUAGCUGGCUUCAGGAUUCCAACCGCACGGUUAUUCUGGCACGCAAAGAAGGAAAAGUGAUUGCUCUGGAAUCAGCAUGUGUGAUCGAUGAUGGCGGGACUAUGCUAGUGGAGGGUCUUCGUGUUGCCCCUCAGGAAAGAGGGAAGGGAGUAGCAGGAGUUCUGCUGCGCUUCUGCUCCGAGCUGGUCAAAUCCAAAUUUCCAGAUGUAAAAGUGACCCGCUUGACCCGUGAUGACCAGCUCGGGCCCAAGGACUUUGAAAAGUAUCGCAUCAUAACUAAGCAGGGUAUUCUGCUAGUGCGUUUCAGAGCUGAAGAACUCAAACUGCGACUUUGCGACAUAAUUUCGCGUGACGGCAUUCAUUCAUCUGUAUCCACACACCAGUCCUGCCCCCCUCCUGUGCGUCUCGAUCAAACAUCUAUCCAUCAGCUUUAUCUUACUACUGACUUGAUGCAGGGAGUGCUUCCUAAUGCCACCGUCAUUCAAGACUGGCAGCCAUUCAAGCUUCUGCCAAGCAAUUUCUCAAUCCUACUGAAGAAGGACAUUGACUGGAUGGUGGAUGAUUUAUCCAGUCCUACUGUGGCCAGCCUUUGUACCUUCCCUUUCAGGGUGCCCAUUGGAGAUGAUUGGUAUUACCUGAACAUUGACAUGUUUGGUAAAGACCUGAAUUUGGCUCAGCAGCAGUUCCUGUGCCACCUUCAGCGCCACACAACCAACCUGAAGGGUCAUGUGAUGUGCCAGAUAUUCCUGGAGCCUGGUCUUUGGAAGCCUAUGGUCGAUUUCUGUCAGAACACUUUAAACGUAGACCUGGUGAAAGAGUACACUGAGCAAUGUGUGGUGGAAUCAGAUCUGAUCUAGUAGAAGGAGUAACCAUGGUAAAGAGGGAAGAAGAAACAAAUAGAAUUCAAAUACACUAAAACAUUUUUUUCUCUGGACAGAAAGAUAAAAAUAUAUAUUUUAACAAACUUACAUUCUGAUAUAUUUUAUUCAAUGGAAAGUGAACACAGGUGAGUGAUUAAUGCUGCAUGGUUAAAAAAGUUUCCUGUAGGUCAAUAGCACAAAUAUUUUUGGCAGGGUUAUUUUAACCUGAACUUUACAUAAAACACAUUGCAUGUAAAUUUACCUCCAGUCCUCCAUCUGAGAGAAUAGAAUUGAUAUUAUUGUUGUGUCAAUCUGUUUGAGAGUACAGAACAGCAUAGUCAAUCACUACUGUAAGACAAUAAUCUUUACCUUAUUAGCUUAUUACUGUAUUUGAUGUUAGCUCUAUUUUGUACAUCCCGUUUGUUUUAAGGGUUUAGGAGGAAUGGUAAGAUUUGUUUCACAGGUAGCAAUAAUUCUUUCUAGAAUUAGUACAAGUGUUUUUUUUUUUAAGAGAUAACAGUCCCUUUACCUCAUUUCAAACCUUUUACUUCUGCUCUUUCUGUAAAAACUUAACCUUUAUACAUGUUUAGGCUGAGUUGGGUUACUAAGUCUGCACAAGUUAAAAGGCACUUUAAUAAAACUUUGAAGGUGUUGAAAUUUGAGAUGGGAUAGUUCAGGAUCAAAGAAGAAGAAAUUACAGAUUCUCUUCAUUUCUGUAGUCACAACAAUAACUAGGGUUAGGAAUAUCAAAUGGUGUGUGCAUAAAUAACGAUGUUAAUAUGCUCUGAUAUAAAUAUCUUAAGUUUUA